GAUGGUGGAGGAGGAGAGUGUCCGCGUGGUUCGGUGCGGCGGCAGCCAGUUGAACUUUAGGAGAGCGGUGUUCUCUGUGGAUUCAAAGUAUAUCUUUUGUGUUUCUGGAGACUUUGUUAAGGUUUAUAGCACAACUACAGAAGAAUGUGUGCACAUACUGCAAGGACACAGAGAUGUUGUGACUGGAAUCCAUCUCAACCCCAACAAUCAUUUGCAGUUGUAUUCUUGUUCCUUUGAUGGCACAAUUAAACUGUGGGACUACGUAGAUGGCAUUUUAAUAAAGACUUUCAUUAUUGGACAGAACCUUCAUGCCCUCUUUGCCCUUGCCCAAGUGGAAGAUUCUGUUUUUGUUAUUAUAAGCCAUGACAAACCAGAUCUUUUUCAGCUGGUUUCAGUGAAAUUGCCAAAAUCAGCAAGCCAGGAAAUUGAAGCUAAGGAGGUCUCCGUUGUUUUGGAUUACAUUAACCAGUCACCAAAGUGCACUGCCUUCGGAAAUGAGGGAGAAUAUGUUGCUGCAGUACGAGACUUUUACUUAUCUGUUUAUUUUUUCAAAAAGAAAAAAACAUCAAGGUUUACUUUAUCAUCAUCAAGAAAUAAGAAGCAUUCUAAGAAUAAUUUUACAUGUGUAGUCUGCCACCCAAAAGAAGACUGCAUAGCAACUGGUCACAAGGAUGGCAAAAUUCGUCUUUGGAGGAAUUUUGAUGAUGAUAAGAAUUACACAUAUACCACCUUACAUUGGCACCAUGAUAUGGUUAUGGAUUUAGCUUUUUCAGUAACGGGCAGCAGUCUGCUGAGUGGUGGUCGUGAAUCUGUCCUUGUGGAGUGGCGAGAUGUGACAGAAAAGAACAAGGAGUUUCUUCCCCGUUUAGGAGCAACUAUUGAACACAUCUCAGUCUCCCCAGCAGGGGAUUUGUUCUGUACUUCUCAUUCUGACAAUAAGAUAAUCAUCAUUCAUCGAAACCUUGAGGUUUCUGCAGUGAUUCAAGGUCUAGUGAAAGAUAGAAGUAUUUUAACUGGUUUGAUGAUUGAUCCAAGAACUAAAGCUUUGGUUUUAAAUGGAAAACCCGGCCACUUGCAGUUUUAUUCUCUCCAAAAUGACAAACAGUUGUACAAUUUAGAUAUUAUACAGCAAGAAUAUAUCAAUGACUAUGGUCUAAUCCAAAUUGAGCUAACGAAGGCUGCAUUUGGCUGUUAUGGUAGCUGGCUUGCAACCGUGGAACAACGUCAAGAAAAGGAAACUGAGCUUGAAUUGCAAAUGAAACUGUGGAACUAUAACAAGAAAACACAAGGGUUUGUUCUUAAUACAAAGAUUAGCAUGCCACAUGAGGACUGCAUUACAGCUCUCUGUUUCUGUAAUGCAGAAAAAUUGGAAACCCCCACCUUAGUUACAGCAAGUAAAGAUGGUAACUUCAAAGUAUGGAUACUGACAGACGACUCUGAUAUAUACAAAAAUGCUGUUGGCUGGACCUGUGACUUUGUGGGUAGCUAUCACAAAUACCAAGCAACCAAUUGCUGUUUCUCAGAAGAUGACUCUUUACUAGCAGUUAGUUUUGAAGAAAUAGUUACAAUAUGGGAUUCAGAGACAUGGGAGCUUAAAUGUACAUUUUGUCAACGAGCUGGGAAAAUAAGGCACCUUUGCUUUGGGAGAUUGACUUGUUCAAAGUACCUUCUUGGUGCUACUGAAAGUGGCAUUCUUUGCUGUUGGAAUCUGCUCAGUUGUGCAUUGGAAUGGAGUGCAAAGUUAAACAUUAGAGUCAUGGAGCCGGAUCCUAAUUCAGAGAAUAUUGCGGCAAUCUCGAAGUCCUCAGUGGGUUCAGACUUGUUUGUAUUUAAGCCUAGUGAACCAAGGCCAUUGUAUAUUCAAAAGAAUAUCUCUAGAGAGGAAGUUCAGUGGGGAGUGUUUGUUCCACGUGAUGUUCCUGAAUCUUUUACCUCAGAAGCUUACCAAUGGCUAAACAGAUCACAGUUUUACUUCCUGACAAGAUCACAGAGUUUGUUGACAUUCAGUACAAAGUCUCCAGAAGAGAAACUGACACCAACUAGCAAACAGCUACAAGCAGAGGAAAGUCUUCCAACGACCCCAUUCUAUUUUAUAUUGGGAAAGCACAGGCAGCAGCAGGAGGAGAAAUUAAAUGACACUUUGGAGAAUCAACUAGUACAGCUACCUUUAACAGAAAAUGUACCUGCAAUUAGUGAGCUUCUCCACACUCCUGCGCAUGUGUUGCCGUCAGCCUCUUUCCUGUGUUCCAUGUUUGUUAAUUCAUUGCUGCUAUCUGAGGAGCCCAAGAGUGUUGAAGAAAUGUCUGGUGACAUAGACAUGGAUGAAGAAAAAGAAAGUGAUGAUUCUGAUGAGGAAAAUUAUUUUACUGAAAAUGUUCAGGACACAGAAAACACAGACUUGAGAGAAGACAUUAUACAUCAGUUGUCAAAAUCUGAAGAAAAAGAACUGAGAAAACUCAGGAAAGUAGACUAUAGCUGGAUUGCUGCUAUUUAAAACUAGGGGAUGGGAGAGGGGUUGUUGCACUUUUUAUUGUAUAUUGAUACUCCAGAAACAUCUAUUUUAAAGUUACUUCUUUUCUUAAAAUAUUAAAUGGCUUUACUUUUCUUAAAUAACUGGUAAUAUAAAGCUAUAUUCUCACCGUGCUUUGUGUUUUCUGGGUGCACAUUCACAAUUACAUCACCUCAUUUUCAUUUUGAGUCACAUAUCAGCCUUAUUAAGUCACUAUUUCCUUCUCAGGUGAGACAGCUUGUGUUCCUUUGCCUGAAAUUUGGAGAUAGAGACUUGCUGAUUAAAUUUAACAUUGAAAUUUUAUUUAGUUGCUGAACAUUAGUUAAAUUUAUAUGAGCCCUUGUAGUUGUUGACUUCUGUUAAAUGAUCUUUUCUUGUUUUCCCUAAUAUAUCCCACUAAAAUGUGAAAAAUGGUAUUUCACUAAAAUGUGAAAAAUGCUAAAUUUAAGUCAUCUGGUCCUUAGCCUUUUUUUCAGAGAAGGGCUUACCUACAAUAUUUAUUUUUAAAAUUCAUGAUAAUCUUGGAAGAUGUCAUAAAUAGCCAGUGUUAUAAUUAAGUAUGUUGAGUGAAAGAACUGCUUUUUAAAAUUUUUUUUUAUUGAAUCACCAUGAGAUACAGUUGCAAAGCUUUCUAAUGAUUCAGUUUCAGUCAUACAAUUAUCAAGUACCUCCACCAGUAUUGCAUUUUCCACCACCAAUGUCCCCAGUAUCCCUCCUACCAUCCCCAGCCCAUCCUAUCUUCCACCUCUGUGGCAAGUACCUUCCUUCUUUCUCUCUACUUUUGAGCAAUAUGGUUUGCAAUACAUAUACUAAGAGGCCAUCAUGUUUGGUCCUUUAUCUACUUUCAGCACACAUUUCCCAUGCCAAGUGAUCCCUCCAACCAUCAUUGACUUAGUGAUCCUUUUUCUAUCCAAAUUACCUUCUCCGCCAGCACAUGAGGCAGGCUUCCAAAUCAUGGAGCAAUCCUCCUGGUUUUUGUCUCUACGUCCUUGGGUGUUAGUUUCAUAUUAUGUUAUUUUCCACAAAUUAGUGCAGUCAUUCUAUGUCUGUCCCUCUUUUUUUUUUUUUUGGGGGGGGGGUUUUGGGUCAAACCCGGCGAUGCUCAGGGGUUACUCCUGGCUCUGCACUCAGGAAUUACUCCUGGCAGUGCCCAGGGGACCAUAUGGGAUGCUGGGAUUUGAACCCGGGUCGGCCGCGUGUAAGGCAAACGCCCUACCCUCUGUGCCAUCACUCCAACCCCUAUGUCUGUCCCUCUUGUUGUGACUCAUUUCACUUAGCUUCAUACUCUCCAUGUCCAUCCACUUAUUAGCAGAUUUCCUGACUUCAUCCUUUCUAACACAGCUGCAUAGUAUUCCGUUGUGUAGAUGUACCGUAGUGAAAGAACUGCUUUUAAAUCAUUGUUGCAUUGCUGGUUGAAAAGAAUCCAAAUCCGUGUAUUAUGUUAAAGUAGUGUGUUAAAGUUCUCAAAUACAAAAAUAAUAUAAAAAUUAACAUCAAAAAAGUUAAGUAUGCAAAUCAUAAGAACACAUCUAAACAUAUAUUCACAAUUGUUACAGAUGGUAUUUUUGUGUUCGAGUGACUAUUCAAGUAAGGUCUCUGCAGUUUCUUAAAUAACAGCUGGAUGGGAAGACUGUAAGAUUCUCUCAUUUAAAAUACAUGAUUUGUUGGUUUUAAUGUCCUUAGAGAUAUGUACUAUCAUCACAAUUUUAGAACGUUUCAUCAUCUCAGAGCUCAAAAGAGUUGGGAAAAUGGUUCAAAAGUCAUUUGAGAGUCUCACUCCAAGCCCCAGCACUGUCCCAGCAUAGUCCCCCAAGCACUACUAGGUGUGGCCCAAAAAAGAAAGAAAGAAAGAAAGAAAACGAUGGAUUAGCAAUCACUUCCCAUUUCUCACAAUUUACCUUAAGUGACCACUAAGAUCUCUAUCUCUUCAGAUUUGCCUAUUCUGAACAUUAUAUAAGGAAUCCCUUAAUGUGUGUUGCCAUAAUACAUAUCAGUUGUUACUCAUUCCUUUUGCUUUCAUUUCUUAAAGGUGGAUACACUGAGUCACCUGAUAACUAAAUUUAAUCUCUUAAAAGAACCUUGACAUUUUACAAAUCAGGUUUUCUCUUUGAAGAAUUCGUCUUUGAGGUUUUUUUCUUUCUGCUUUGUUGGUUUGUGGUUUAACUUGCUGUGGUGGAACUAUUAACCUCUUAAUUGCUCACCUUUACAACCUCUUGUUAUUAAAGAAUGCCCUGAAGCUUGAAUUCCUCUGUUUCAAAUAAAGUCAGCUGUAUUCUUAUGGA